GCUCGGUGCGCGCUGCUGCACUCACACACGGAUCAGUUCGGCUCGCAGCUCCGGGAUGUCGGCAGUGAAGGCGCUGCAGCAGUGGUGCCGGCUCCGGUGCGACGGCUACCGGGAUGUGUCCAUCACCAACAUGACCACGUCUUUCAGGGACGGUCUGGCUUUCUGCGCGCUCAUACACAAACACAGACCCGAUCUCAUCAACUUUGAUUCACUGAAGAAGGAAGAUGUUUAUGAGAACAACAAACUGGCGUUCAAGGUCGCGGAAGAGGAGCUGGGAAUUCCAGCGCUGUUGGAUGCAGAAGACAUGGUGGCUCUGAGGGUUCCUGACCGCCUCAGUAUCCUGACGUACGUGUCCCAGUAUUACAACUACUUCCAUGGACGCUCCCCAAUCGGUGGUAUGGGAGGAAUAAAGCGGCCAGCUGACGAUCCCACAGAGGUGCCGUCUGGGAAGAAGAACCAACCGGUGGCGGCGAAGGUGUUUCCCGCGUCUAAACCAGCCAGAGAGAACAGCCCUCCCCCCUCCUCCAACAUCACAAGGCCCGCUUCUUCCCCAAGGCAAACCAGAAACGCCACAAAGGAUGUUGAGGUUGAGAAAUCCCACCAGACGGGCACCCUGAGCAACAAAUGUGUGUCCUGCAACAAGCACGUUCACCUGGUGCAGCGACACCUAGUGGACGGGAAGCUCUACCACAGGAACUGUGCAAAAGCUUUACCUUCAAACCCAACUACAGCUUACAGAGCUUUACCCACAAACACCCCUGUUUCUAAGUUCACUCCUCUACCAGACACCACCAAAACAAACACAACUACUCCCGCUCCUACACCCUCCAAACCGGGACCAGCAUGGCUGACGGAGAAGAACAGCACCCCUCCCAGCUUCUCCACCACUUUCUCUACUCCGUCUGCUGCCCGACCUGCUUCAAAUCUCUCCUCAGCUGCCAAAGAGACACCUGUUGUCUCCAAACCCACGGCUUCACGGACUCCUGGUGAAUCUACCUUCACCACAACAACCACUUCUAUCAGCACCAGGCCCACUCCUGCUCCUCGUGCCUCCACCACGGCGGCCAAGACCCUGCAGAACAAGCUCAAGUUCUUCCAGUCGGAUAACACCGCUAAAGAAGAAGAGAAAAAGACUACGACCACUAAGAUUGACAUAAAUAAAGGGUCGAAUGUGACCAGUAAGGAGCAGGAGGUCAAACCAGGGCAGGCUGUCACUGUGGUCGUGAACGUUGGUGGUUUUGGCAGAAAAGAAGCGAAUGUGAGCUUGGAGUCAGGCGGGGAGAAAGCUAAAGCUGCUGCAGGUGCAGAUUCAAAAGCGAAAGCAUCAGCUGCAGCUUUUAUCUCAAAAAAACUGGCUGAGGAGAACAACAAUAACAACAGUAAGCCAUCGUGGACGAAUGUAGCGCUGAAGAAAACUGACAAACCUUCUGAAGUGGAGACUCCAAAGAAGGAGACAGGAGGUGUCAGAGGGAGAAAGAAGCUGAAAGCAGACCCGUCACUCCUCGCUGACCUGCAGGUUCCGACAAGAACCCGGACACCGAGCCCGGCUGGGAGGACCGGACCCGGACCAAGAGCCAGAACCCCAGACAGAGGCGUCUCAAAGCCCAGCAGUGUGUCGCUAAACACCUCAGCAUCAGAAAACGAGUCUCCUGCAGACUGGAGGUCGAUGCUCAAACCAGUCUCCAAACCUGCUGCUCCUUCCCAGUCCUCUCCUAAACCCUGGGCUAAUGGAGCACGAAAGCCUCAGACUUCAGAGCUGUCAGUCGGGCCUGCUCCAGCCUCUCAUCUCCCCAGCCCGAGCAUCUCUGUCACUCCACCAGCAUCAAAGGGAUUCUCAAAUGGUCAGAAAGACCCAACUGCAAAUGGCACCAAGUCAGAGUCAAAGACUUCCAAGACGAAACCAGACUACAUUCACAAAGAGAACAUCAUAAAGGAGCUGCAGGAGAUUGAAGAUAAUUUGAAUGAGUGGGAGAAGAGAGGAGUGGAGCUGGAGGAGAAGCUCCGCCGCAGUGAACAAGAGGGUGAAGAUGACUCUCUCAUGGAUGAGCUCAUGGUCGAGUGGUUCAACUUGAUCAGGAACAAGCAGGUGGCCAUGCGCCGGGAGUCUGAACUGGUCUACAUUGGUAGAAACCAGGACCUGGAGGAGGAGCAGCCGAGUGUGGAGCAGGAGCUCAGGAGACUGAUGGAGAAACCAGAACAUCUGAAAACAUUCUCGGACAAGAAGAGAGAAGAGCAGCUGAUGGCCAAACUGAUGGAGAUCGUCAAUGACAGAAACGCUAUAGUGGAAGGUCUGGACGAGGACAGACUCAGGGAGGAAGAGGAGGACGAGGAGCUAAACAAGAUGAUGAUGAAUUUCAACGUAAAGAAAGACAAACCUAAGAAAAAGUCUCCUAUGUCCAAACUGUUCGGUUUGGGGAAGAAGAAGGAGGGAUGAUGCUCCGCAAAACACAGCGCUGCUACUGUCUUUGAUGUUUUGUGUGUGUGUUUUCUUUUUUUUGCUGCUCUUGUUGUAGUCUUAAUGUCAGUGUACUCAGCCUGUGAUUCAUGGGAUAACAUCUGAGAGUGUGUGUGUGUGUGUGUGUUUCUGUGUGUGUGUUUCUGUGUGUGAUCUGUCAUGUUAAGCGCUUUUAGAAAAAUGCCCUUCCCUCUGUCGACUGCAUCACUCAAUAUCUGACGUUACUCCUGCCUGCCAGUGACACACACACACACACACUCUCUCUCUCUCAGUGAUGUUGAGGGGUUAAUGACUCACGCGCUGUGAUGUGAUUGGGUUCAGUGCUCCAGUUGUUAGUUUUAAUACCCUUCUAGUCUUAAUCUGUCUACUUAAUGCUCUCAAACACACACACACACACACACACACACACACACACACACACACA